GUACUACCAUAACACCGAUAUAUACUGCGUGUAUUGCAAUACUGAGGAUGUCGCGCGAAAUUGAAAUGCUGUUAAUUAUUCAUUUUAACCCGGAAGUCAGAAUCUCUCGCAUUAGUACAGUACGUGAAGUAGUCCCGUGAAACAAAGUCAAACACAACUCUCUCUCUCCAAUCCAAUUGCGUUGUUCGGACGACUUUUCGUAUGUAAUAAUUAACUACGUUAAUUUACUAUUUGUUAUUUGGAUUGCCAGGUGUAUUUAAGCAAACAAGCCCGCUAGAGUCACCAAACGACCAUUUAGUUUGGACCGCGUCACCUCAGGAUGUCACUACGCCACUGCUGCGGCUAAACAUUACCUUAUUGUUUAGCUCCCAAUUAAUUAUAUCGUCUUUAGCUGUAAUUAACCUUUAUAGUACGUACCAAAGUGGUUGUCUUUCAUGAGACAAACGUCUCUGAGAGCGAAUGGAAGUAAUGAAAACAAGAUAACACCACUUCAGUAGGGUGCCUGCUGUGUCUUGCCAUCAGCCUGAAAAUGGGAGGAAAACUGUCGUUAUUCUCUCAAAAAACGUCUUCCGUCGUGAUACCAUUGUCUAGUGUCAGCCCACAGCCAGUUGCUCCAGUGCGGGUGUCAAAUCCUCCAGUGGACCCCAGGUGUGUGUUUGGCGUUUCCCUGGAGACACUGAGAAAAAACGGGAAGAUGGUCCACGGAAUACCGCUUGUCUUACGAGAUAUGGUGCAGUUCUUGGAGAAACACGGAAUGGAGUAUCAGGGGCUUUUUCAAAGGUGUGGCUCUGUGGUGAAGAUCCAUCAGCUGAGGCAGCGGUUUGAUUGUGGUGAGAAGGUGAACCUGGAGCUGGAACAAGUGCCCAAUGUGGCUUCGCUCUUAAAACUGUUCUUUCAAGAACUGCCUGAACCCGUAGUGCCGGAGUACCAACGCAGACGUCUGGUCCAGACCUUCAGAGCCAGUACAGACGAGGCCGAGUUGAACCUGUCCCUGAAAAAAAACCUUUGCCGCAUCCCAGACGACAACCUCACCGUCUUAUCCUACUUCACCAACUUCCUGUCCAGAGUCGCCGCUUACAGCCAGUUAAACCUCAUGACGGUGGAUAACCUCGCCACCAUCUUUGGACCUUGCAUCUUUCACGUUCGAGCAGGACCCAAGAUGCUGGAGGAGCAGAGAGUGUGCAACACCAUGUUGGUCCAUCUCUUCAGGAAGCAUAAGAUCCUCCCCCGGCCCCCCAUCAUCUCCAGCCCACCUUCUCCAUUGUUCUCAGCCCCCUUCUGAGGUGACCCUUUCUAUAUUUUGAAAUACUUUGGCGUGGAUGACUGAAAGAACUUCCAUGAAGGCGGGUGGCAACGCUCCUGAACAGAGUGCGCCACAAGACCAGAACAUUGCUUGCAUUUGCUAGUUAAGACCCCACACAGCACCGACCCUCUUAAAGCAUGAAUAUGGAGCUCAGCAGCAAUGAAUGCAACUGAAGCUUGUGUGGCCCACUUCUAGCCUGGCGACAUCCCGCCGUGUGUCGUGAUUAUAUGUCUCUGCGUGCAUGCGUGUGUGGCCACAUUGUAAUUGAAGGCAGCGGGUGAGCUGCUGCGCCUCCAGGGAGGCGCUAGCAAUGUUGACCAUCAAGUGCUCAUCAUGCGUGCACGCUCCUUCCUAAUGGCUACGCCUCGCCGGAGGCUGCCCUCAUGUCAGCUGAGAUGGGAGCGCAUGUUGCUUUUUAAAGCGUGCCGUUACGUACACACAUAUCGGACACUUCAUUAGGUAUACCUGCACAAUCUAAUCCAGGGGUAGUGACAAGUGAAAAUACAACUUUGCCACUUUGAUAUUUGGUAAAGGAUAUGCUAAGAAGUAAUAUUUAAAAAAAUAACCGCAUCUCAGCUUUGUGAUGUACUGUUGGUGAAAAAGCCUAUUAUUAGUGCCCACUUCACACUUUUUUAUCCCAUUUUUGCAUUUAUUUUUCAUUUUCCAAAUAUUUCAGCUUUCUUUGUAAAUAGUCUUUGGAAAUUUGCUUUUUGGAAUAUUAUGACUUUAUUCCCAUAAUAGUUUAACUUUUCUCCAACUCCAACCAAAAAUGACCAAACUAAAUUGUUUUGCUUGUUUGUUUGUCAUAAUAUUCCAACUUUCAAAAAUUAAAAAAAUAACAUUUUUCUUUAAUAUACUAAAAUGACUUUUUCCUCAUAUUAUUAGCUUAUUAC